CUGCUGUGCCUGCCAGCCAAGGGGCUUCCCAGGCCGGUGCCAGCUGGUGGCCCAGUUCCUCUCCUGGUCUAACCGCGCUGGAGGGGGGGCACCCUGCGCUGUGGAUCCCCCCUCCCGACACGACAUGCAGAUUCUUGGCCUUGGGGAAACUGAGGAGCCGCCCUCAGGAACUCAUUUUGGAGAGCAAGGUCCCUGGGGACCUUCCAGGGGGUCACAGCCAGUGUUUCGGUGAGGUUCGGUGCAGAAAGCAAGCACCGUGCUCUGAGGCACUUGGCCCUGGCGUCUGGGCUGUGACCUGUGGCUCCGAGCAGAGGCUUGCCUGGGGUGACAGGAGCUGGGAGUGGGCAGCAGGCCCAGGCCGUGGUCCAGCAUGGCAGGUGGGGCCGGUCGGCUACAAUCAGAGGCCGAGGGGAACCAGAGCCACGGAGUAAGGGACAGAGCCCCCUCUACUGGCCUCCCCAGGGGAGGACUGCCGGCAGGACUUCCUCUCUGACGGCCGCCACACACUGUGUCUCUGGAUCGUCAGUGUUUCUCCUAAUGAAAAGUCAUCGCGAAUCUCUUUGCAAAUGUCUUCUCAAGGGCACUCGAGUGCUCUUGUCUGAACAAUUCCCAUCAAGACUCCGAGCCGUACAGCUGCCACAUGCCCCACGCUGUCUCCCUUUGCCCACUUUUCCUUGAGAAAAGAAGCGCCGGGUUUCGUGUGAGGUUCCCCAGCGCCUCCCCCCAGCCCCUCCGCUAGUCGCCAGGGACCCCCGGCCGGCGGCAUGUGCGGGAGGCGCCUUGAGGGAGAGGACUGACUGGACGCCGCAGGGCCGGCCCCUCCCGCCGCCCCUCCGCGACCCCCGCCCGCACCCAGGAGCUGGCGCGAGGGGCCUGGGGCACCGUCGUCCAGAGCACGUGACUUCCUCGGCUGCACCUGCAGCCCCCUCCCCCCGCCCCCCGCCGGACCCGCCCCCGGCCCGCCCCCGCCUCGCCUCCAUAAAAGCGCUGGUUCCCGGCCUCCCGGGAAGACGAACCGCCCGCCCCGGUGACCCGGCGCCCAGGGUCCCGCCAGAGCCCUCGCGCCGCGUCUGGGCUCUGGCUCCACACCUGUGACUUCAUGCGUGCGGCCGCUCGGAUCCCGCACAUUUGUGGUCACAGCACGGCCACCGCCGGCAAGAAUCCCACGCCUUGGCGACGUCGUGGCCAUCAGCCCUCCCCCCGCGUCUGUGGUCCCAACACCUUGACAACGGGGCCACGCCUGCGACAUCUUCGGUGACACGCGGGGAGCCCCUGUCACCCGUGCCCGGCCCUCCCAGCACCGCCCCCCGCCCCCUCCGCCCAGGGCUUCGGAGGGAGUCAUGGCCGCGGCUCCCGAAAGGGGGCCCCCGCGCCCGCGGUUCGCGGACUGGCUUCUGGGGGAGGUCAGCAGCGGCCGCUACGAAGGCCUGCGGUGGCUGGACGCGGCCCGCACGCGCUUCCGCGUGCCUUGGAAGCACUUCGCGCGGAAGGACCUGGGCGAGGCCGACGCGCGCAUCUUCAAGGCCUGGGCCGUGGCCCGCGGCAGGUGGCCGCCCAGCAACAGCGGAAGUGACCAGCUGGCUUCCGAAGGCCCGCUCCGCGCCAGCUGGAAAACCAACUUCCGCUGUGCGCUGCACAGCACCCAGCGCUUUGUGAUGCUGCAAGACAACUCGGGGGACCCCACCGACCCGCAUAAGGUGUACGCGCUCAGCUCCGCACUGGGGUGGAGAGAAUGCCCAGGCACUAACCAGGGGGACGAGAAGGCCCCGGAAGAAGCCCGACCCUUGAUGGGUGGGCUCCCUAGGCCAUGCCCGGCGGGAGCUGCUGCUGAGAGGCAGGGGGCCAGGCUGAGCUCUGAGCUCUGUGCCCCCAGCUCCCCUUUGGGCCUCGCUGGCAAUGCUGGGGACCUCUUGCUCCAGGCUCUGGAGCAGAGCUGCCUGGAGGACCAUCUGCUGGAAGCUGCAUGGGGGUUGGACCCUAUCCCCCCGGAGGUCCCUGGCCCAGCGCUCCCCAACAUGGUGCCAUACCUGCCUAGGGCAGUGGAGACAGCCCCCAGCCCCAGGCUGCAGGCCCUGCAGCAGGCCCAGGUGACAGACGCAGGCCCGGCCCCAGCCCUGGAGCCCUGGCAGCCCCCACGGGAGGCGGCGCCUGGCAUCCGGACGGCAGGUGAGGUCGUGGCCGGGCCUGGCCGCUCACAGAUCGGGUCACAGGCAGAGCCCAGCCCGGGGGCCCUGGAGGUGACCAUCAUGUACAAGGGCCGCACAGUGCUGCAGGAGACCGUGGGGCGUCCGAGCUUCGUGUUUCUGUAUGGGUCCCCCAGCCCAGCCGCCCAGGCCGCGGAGCCCCAGCACGUGGCCUUCCCGAGCCCGGCCGAGCUCCCGGACCAGAAGCAGCUUCACUACACAGAGAAGCUCUUGCAGCACGUGGCCCCCGGCCUGCAGCUGGAGCUCCGGGGGCCCAGGCUGUGGGCGCGGCGCCUGGGCAAAUGCAAGGUCUACUGGGAGGUGGGCGGGCCCCUGGGCUCCGCCAGCCCCUCCACGCCCCCGUGCCUGCUGCAAAGGAACCAGGACACCCCCAUCUUCGACUUCAGCGCCUUCUUCCGAGAGCUGGUAGAGUUCCGGGCUUGCCGGCGUCCGCGCUCCCCGCACUACACCAUCUACCUGGGCUUUGGGCAGGACCUGUCGGCUGGGAGGCCCAAGGAGAAGAGCCUGGUCCUGGUGAAGCUGGAGCCGUGGCUGUGCCGGGCGCACCUGGAGUACGUGCAGCGAGAAGGCGUGUCCUCCCUGGACAGCAGCAGCCUCGGCCUCUGCCUGUCCAGCUGCAACAGCCUCUACGAGGCCCUGGAGCACUUCCUCAUGGAGGUGGAACAGCCCGCCUAAGUGCCAGAGCCCUCUGCAGUCCAAUAAAAGCAAACCAAGAAACCA